AGGUCCAGUUAUCACACAAUGAAGAUACAAAGGAUGUGUUGAUGUGUUUUGAUGGUGUUUGACCCUUUAAUGAAGAAAGACUUAGACAAUGGAUGAAUCAGAGUCAUCUGAUCCUCUACCAACCAGAGGAGAAGCUGAAGGUGCUCAGAGUACAGAUGACCCAAUACAAAAAACUAAUAUGCAAAGUGAUAUGUGGGAUGGGGAAAAGAUGGAUAAAGAUCAUACUGUAGCAGAUGGAGAAAGGAGACUGGAUACUGAUCCUUUAGCAGAAGCAGCAAUGAAUAUCCUCAGAACUCAGAAGCAACCUAAAGAGCCUGAUGAAGAUGAUGCCUUCCUGGAUUAUGGAGACAGUGAUAGCAUAGGUAGUGGGAAACAUGUGGAACAUAUAGAUUGUGCCAUUGGUAGUGACCAAAAGCUUUCUGAUAUCUCAAAACAAUUAGAUGAUCUUCACAUAGACAUUCCAGAACCAAUGGUGAAGCUCAAACGAAGAUCAUCGUCUGUUGCAGAACUUUCAGAUGUGGAAGCGACUGGAUCUGUGGAGCGUUUUUCACCUCGAGAGGACCCUGUGGGGUCAGCCAUGGGCUCCUUACCUCUUCAUGGUACGCUUACCAGGGAAGGGGAAAUGGUAUCGUAUGUUGCUGAUGAUCUCCUAGAGAAAAUUCGUCAGAGUGUGGGUUCCUCCCAGUCCACCUCAGGGGCAACAUCUCCUGCUUACCCCACCACCAGUCGGAUGAUGCCAUGGGCAACAACCCCAACAUCAAUGACCUCGUCAUCUUCAUCAGCAACAGAGCUCGGAGGAGCAGUAGGUGCAUCUGCCAUGAUUCCACCAAUAGACCCUGAGGCUAUUCAAGAUCUUGAGAAGCAGUGUCACAUGGUUGCUGAUAAUCUUAAUCUCAUGUUGGGACACCUCUCAAAUAGCUUGCAUAAUAUGUCAGCCAUAACAGUAGGUCACAUACAAACAUAUCGAGAUGCAGUAGAAAAAGCUGGAAUAACAGUGGAUCACAGUGUAAAGGCAAUGUAUGCUCUAAUGGCCAAAGUGGAGGAACUGAAUUUUGCCAUGCCAAUGGUUUAUGAUCUUGCCAAGCAAAUUAAAUCAAUCAAUAAUCAACUUGAUGAAUUGGAGAAUCUAUGUAAAUGAGCUUUUCAUGUUACACAUAUCUGGUUAUAUUAAGCUUCCAUGUUAUCACUUGGUUGGAUAAAGAUGGUUUAGUGCCACAGGGAUUGACUCUGAACUCUGUCUGAAGAGCGACAUCGUGGGGCUGUUUCAAAACGUUUGUAAAAUUGUAGAGUUACAUGUUACUAGAUUCAAACUACUGGAAUAUGGAAUAUGUAAGCCCACUGGGAUUCUCAAAUAUUCAAACAUUAACACACAUUAUUGCAAUUAACUUGACCACAAUUUAGAUAUUAUUUAGCAUCGUAAAACUUUUGUUAAAACAGAGGGAAUUAUUUUGGCUAACAUUUUAGCACUAUAUACUAGUAUUCCAGUUGUUGGUAAGUUAUGUGUAAAUUUACAAAUGUUACAUGUCUACAUCACUUUCAGAUGUCUCAAAGUAGUGCAGUGUAUACUACGUAAAACGUUUGUAGUAUGGCUUCACAUUAGUGCAGUAAAGUUUUAUAUCACUUUUUUUCUGCAUUUCAGCAUUUUCAUUACCAUAUUUCAGUAGCAUAUGAUUGAAAACUCUACAAACCAAAUUUGACAUGAAACAGUAGCCAAGAGUCUGGCCAUUUGAAUGCCUUGAGCCAUAUUAGGUUUGAUAAGUGUACAUUAGCAUUCUCCUUUGGAAACUGCAAUUUAAUCUUAUUGCGAUGGAAUAAAGUAGGUAUUUGUGUGACAUCUCGGUGGCCCAUGAACUGAUUCCUACCAAAAUUGAGAUGUGGAGUUUUUUGUAUAUAAAUCUUGCUUCAUCAAGUCUGAGACAUAGUAACCAAAACACUGUAAUGCAAAGGGUUUUUUUGUGUAAAUUCAUAGCUUUAGUGUUCUAUCAGUUAUACCAUCCUAGUGUUCACAUCACCACCAAAUCAUGUUUGGAUCAUGUAAAGAGCAAAUCUCCCGUUAUAUCUGUAUGCAAUUUCGGGAUUUUGUUUCUCCCAAUUUUACUACCACUUAUCCCAAUAAGUGUUACCUGAUAAUAUUAACUUUUAGUGAUCUCCAUUGAAUGUCAGUCUUCGUACUGUAACUAAAAAUAUCAAUUGGUAAUUUUUAAUUUCAUAUAAAAAAGAGCAGUAAUCAACUACCCCCCCCCCAAAUAUGUGUCUUGUACUAACAAUAAGAAAAAAAGUGCAAUAUUUUGCUUGACAGUUCCAUAUUGAAAGACAAUAUAAUUAUAUGUCCUACCUAAAGAGUUAAUAGAUGUAUUUGAGUUGAUAGACAUUCCAUAUUUCAUAUUUUUACUACAGAGGUACAGAAAUUAUCUAUUGCAUAUUUGUUUAAAUGCAGCCAUGGGUUAAUUUUUAUGUUUAUUUCAAUAUGGUGCAAGACACAAAUAUGUAGAUAAGCCUCUAAGCAAGUUGCUUGUGUUCAUAUGUCUUACUAAUAAUAUGACAUUGAUGUUUUUGUCCUGGCAUUAUAUGCUUAAUGAAAUUUAUGCCACAUUUUGUAGUUACCUUUUUGGAAUGCAUGCAUUUUGUAAUGAGAAGGGUCCAACAGUCAAAAGUUAUUGGUGAAUAUAAUCAUGUGUUAUUCCUUUUGCUGAGCUUCAAUGUUUUCAUUCUUUUUAUGAUCCAUUUAUCAGCACCUGGAGGAAGUAAUAAUAAUGGUGUAUUCUGUUGAAGCGCACACAUAGGUCAGGCAUAAUGCUCAUGACGCCAUUUACAGUAAAAAAAAAUAAGGGCAUAAAUACAAAUUGUCUUACACCUUAUAAUUCAGUACAAACACUCACUUAAUGAUACAGAAAAGCUGGAGGAAAUUUUAACACUGAUAUAACUUAGUUUAACAGAAACAUUUCUUAUUUAAUCAAAUAAUAAUAAGAAUUAUUAAUAAAACAUGAACAUCUAUAUGAUCUAGGCCAAUUUAAUGUUAUUAAUUUGACUUAAAUGAUAAAAUACAACAUAAUUAUUAAAGAUAAUACAGUUAAUACAAGUAACUGUGACGAUCCAUAUCAAUCUUAAACAAAAAAUGAAAUAAUUUGCAUUACUUAGAAUGCAUACAUGUAUUCUAAACGUAGUCUUGUUUUCUUGUAUUUGGAAGUGUCUUAUUAAUUACCAUUGGUUGAAUUGUUUUCAAUGUUGUUUUGUUGGUUACCCUUUGACACAAUGCUGUAAAAUCCAGAGCUCUCUUUUCCAACCAAAGUGAUGUUGGUACAGUAUUAUAUGAACGCUAACAAAUAAAUUUCAACAACAUUACUGGCAGUGUUCAGAUAUAGUGAGACCAAUCUCGUUUAUGAGGCAAAUCUCUUUUUAAUUCAUAUCUCAACUUUUGACAUCAUGAUCCUAUUUGAUAUCAUGAUAUCAUUAUAAAUGUAUGUACAUCACGAGUCAUAUUGAAUGGUAUCACAAAUGUGUAUGAUGCACAGCUCCAUACAUUACUUUGUGCCAAUUUGUUUGAAUUUUGUGCAAACUUUUAAAAGGAUCUUAUUGGGUGGCAGUUUGUUUUUUGUCCCAUGCGACUUCUUUCACAAAAGAAAAGUUGCUUGCCUCCGUAUUUUUACGUCUCAUAAAAUGUUUCUUUAAUUUGUCAUGCCAUAUGUGAAUGAACCUUAGGAUUCAUUUCGUAUUUGUAUUUGUAAUGAUGGGGAGAGGUGGAUCAUGAACUACCAACAUUUUCAGUUUGAACUCGUAUACUAGGCAAUUUCCAGUAUUUAUAUUCAGGAUGCGUACAACUUAAUUUUGUGCAGUUGAUCUAUUGUGAUUUUAUGUUUUAUACCAUAUAUGAUGUGCACUGUACAAUAUAUUUUUGAUGUUGAGAAGAGAUAAAGUUAUAAAGGACAUAGAAAUA